CGCGCUCACUUCCUACUCCAUCUGCUCCCGCCAUCGCAGUAUCGCACCAAUCUCAAAGCACACCACCAUGGCGCGACGUCGCAUCCUACCCCUCCUCCUCGUCCUCCUCCUCACCGUCGCCGUGGCAACGUCGUCGGCGUCCGCCUACGGCGCCGAUGAUGGCGUGACCGUGAUGAGGCGCGUUCUGGACACCGCCGCGCCUGCACCGGCCCCGGGCCCCGCCCCCGGCGGCGCCAUGGCGAACACGACGACGAGCGGGUACAUCAGCUACGACGCCCUGUUCGCGGACCGCGUGCCGUGCUCGCUGCGCGGCGCGUCGUACUACAACUGCCAUCCCGGCGCGGAGGCCAACCCCUACACGCGCGGCUGCUCCGCCAUCACGCAGUGCCGCGGCUAGCUAGCUUAAUUAGCUAGGCCGCCGCACUGCCGGCGAGAUCGUCUCGUCGCGCCAUCCUUUUCUUCUCUCCUGCAGUCAAUUGUUCUUUCUGUUGGAUCUGAUUUGGUGAUUGAUUCAUGAUUUAUCGGUGUAAUGUUGUAUACUUGUCAAAUUGUUGGAAAGAUAUAUAUAUAUAUAUAUAUAUAUAUAUAUAUAUAUAUAUAUAUAUAUAUAUAUAUCUUAAUUAAGACACUCCUAAUUCAAAUUGUGAGUGAUGUUAAUUUGUGCGCAUCAGCGCAGUUAACAGAGAGUGAAUGUGAAGUUGGUGCCAGUAUUUGAAUAAUGGAUCAAAAAUGCUAGUAAUUAAUACUUCCAGGCGGUCAUAAUCCAGCUUUGUUCUAACAUUUACGGUUUAACCUGGUUUAA